AGUCCUCACCUUUAGCAUUCUGCUCUUUGAGCUGGCGUUGACGAUCAGCAUGGGCUCUUCUUUCCGCCACGAGUCUUCUGAUGCCUCUGCAAUGGCUACUUCCUUCAGCAUGAAGGAAGACAAUGACGAAGUUGAGCUGCAGUGGGCAGCCAUUGAGAGACUUCCUACUUUCCGGCGGAUAAGGUCGUCAUUGUUUCCGAAAGAGGGCAAAGAAGAGAGAGAGAUGGAGGUGAUAGACGUUACCAAGCUUGGAGCCCCGGAACGCCAUGUUUUCAUUGAGAGAUUGAUAACCAGAGUCGAGGAGGAUAAUCUCCGGCUUUUGAAGAAACUCAAAGAAAGAAUGGAAAGGGUGGGAUUGGAGCUGCCGACAAUCGAAGUGAGAUACCAGAAUCUGUGUGUGGAAGCAGAAUGUGAAGUAGUUCAAGGGAAGCCCCUCCCCACUCUAUGGAACACCAUCAGAGGCAUAUAAAAUUAUAAAGAUUAAUGUUUUGC